AAAUUGAGCUGUUUUUCAGUCCAAUCUAAUUGGGUUGGUUGGUUGACUCCAACUCUCUGUAACUUCCUGUGUGUAUAUAUACUGGUACCCUUCCCUCCCUCUCCCUCAUAGCGAACCAUCAUACCCUUCUGUAAGUCAUUAGUUUUUAAGGUUAUAAUAGACCUAUUGGAGAAAGAGAGAGACAGAGACAAGAGGCAGAAGCAAAGAGGGUGAGAAAAACAGAUUUUAGGAGAAUGGCAGGAGGAUUUGGAGGUGAUGGGGUGCUAUCAGAAAGGGCUCAUCAAUAUGAGUAUAGGAUUACUGGGUAUUUCAUCUUUGCUUGCAUUGUUGCAGCCCUUGGAGGCUCUCUCUUUGGUUAUGAUCUGGGUGUUUCAGGUGGGGUGACUUCCAUGGAUGAUUUCUUGAAGGAAUUCUUCCCGAAAAUUUACAGAAGGAAGCAACUGCACCUCAAUGAGACAGAUUACUGUAAAUAUGAUAACCAAAUUCUGACACUCUUUACAUCGUCCCUGUACUUUGCGGGACUCAUUUCUACAUUUGGAGCUUCCCAUGUUACCAGAAACAAGGGCAGGAAAGCCAGCAUUCUUGUUGGAGCAGUCAGCUUCUUUAUAGGAGCAGUCCUGAAUGCUGCUGCAAAAAACAUUGCAAUGCUGAUCAUCGGUCGCAUAUUUCUUGGUAUUGGCAUUGGAUUUGGAAACCAAGCAGUUCCCUUGUAUCUCUCGGAAAUGGCUCCUGCGAAAAUUCGAGGAGCAGUUAACCAACUUUUUCAGCUAACAACCUGCUUAGGCAUCCUGAUAGCUAACUUGAUAAACUAUGGAACCGAUAAAAUUCAUCCAUGGGGUUGGAGAUUGUCUCUUGGUUUAGCUACAGUCCCAGCAACUCUUAUGUUUGUUGGGGGCCUUUUUCUUCCUGAGACCCCAAAUAGUCUUGUAGAGCAAGGCAGAUUAGAAGAAGCAAGAAAAGUACUGGAGAGAGUGAGAGGCACCACAAAAGUUGAUGCUGAGUAUGCUGACCUGGUUGAUGCCAGCAAUGCAGCUCGAGCCAUCAAACACCCGUUCAGGAAUCUACUUGCACGAAAAAAUCGUCCCCAGUUGGUGAUAGGAGCCUUGGGAAUUCCUGCAUUCCAACAGCUCACCGGCAUGAACUCUAUCCUCUUCUAUGCACCCGUCAUAUUUCAGAGCUUGGGAUUUGGCUCAGGGGCAGCUCUAUAUUCAUCUGUCAUUACUAGUGGAGCGCUUGUUCUCGCUGCAUUCAUUUCAAUGGCUUUAGUUGAUAAGUUUGGCAGAAGAGCUUUCUUCUUAGAAGCUGGAACUGAGAUGAUAUGCUGCUUGGUUGCUGUGGCCAUAACUCUAGCCCUGAAGUUUGGACAAGGAGAAGUCCUCCCAAAAGGAAUUGGGAUCUUCCUUGUUAUUGUCAUUUGCAUAUUUGUUUUGGCUUAUGGAAGGUCUUGGGGUCCUUUGGGGUGGUUAGUUCCAAGUGAGCUAUUUCCCUUGGAAACAAGAUCAGCUGGACAGAGUGUGGUGGUCUGUGUCAAUCUCCUCUUCACAGCUCUGAUAGCACAGUGCUUCCUCGCGUCGCUAUGCCAUCUUCAAUAUGGGAUUUUUCUGCUGUUUGCAGGCUUGAUAAUGAUUAUGAGCAGCUUUAUCUUCUUCCUCCUGCCAGAAACAAAGCAGGUGCCCAUAGAAGAAAUAUAUCUUCUCUUUCAGAAACACUGGUUUUGGAAAAGAAUAGUAGGAGAUGGGGAGCAAGUUGGACCCAAUGGGAAGCCAGGAGCACAAGUUUAGAAUCUCUGGCUAGCACAAGAAGAAAACAUUGUUCAGAUUUCUUAUUCAUAGUUUGUUUUCUGAAUGCAGUUCUAUAUAUAAUUAAGAAUUAAUUUCAA